AUGUGCUGUGGCUGUUGUUGCGAUGCGGAUAAGAUUGCUAUAGCAGUUUAUGGUGCAUUGGAGGGGGACUCAUAUCAAAUAAUUCGCGGUAUCGAUAGUUGGGGCAACAUCUGUGGUAAGGAUAAUAGGCACCGAAACACAGAAAGCAGCCAGUAUGCUGUUGACAUGAGUGAAAAACUGUAUGUUAUGCCGGUUUACUCAAAAGUUCUACUACGUUCUGCUUGGAUAUGCGUUGAGUCCUGUCUUGAUGUUGCCUCGGAAGGUACUUUAGCGUUUCAUAAUGCUACCAAUUACCGAUACUGCUUUUUGCCUCCUGGAACGUCAGAAAGGAUUUGCGCCACCGGAUUCAUUUUACCUAGCCGAGGGCUUUUUUCUUCUCGAUGCAUCCCCGAUUAUUUUGUGGAUUCGACUUCUAAUGUUCCUGAGGAACAGGACAGUGAAAGCGAGUAUGGAACAUUUUUUGACGAAAUUUUUGUCGAGUUUGAAAAGGCUACUGAUGUCACGCUGUUCCUAUGCUGCUUCGCUUUUGUUUUUUGCAUAGCAACUCUUUUCAUUGUCGGAUUUUUGGCUUCGCUCAUCAUCUACUUUUUUCUGGCGGCUAUAGUGACACUUGGAAUUGGUGUUUCAGUUAUGUUUUGGGUCAAAUUUGUUUCGCUCAAACUUGACCGAACGGGUUAUUCUAAUCAGACUGUCUUAAAUGCGGAAUUACACGGAACCGUCAUGAGUGUUCGCUCAGAGACGAUGCUUAUCUUUGCAAUUGCUUCAACUGUAAUUACAGUAAGGUCCGCUAAAGAAAGCGAAGUUUCUGAUUGCAAAAAACCAAUACAUAGAGGGUUACAAGCCGUACAUCGCCAACCGCCAACGUUGGAUUUUAUAUUAUUUGUUUUUUGGAUAUGUCUGGGUAAUUCAAUUUAUUUUUGCUUGUCACCGAAUGAUAGUAGCAGGUUAAAAGAGAAGAGUGACUUAGCAUCAUCCUUCUUUUACAACAUAGUUGUAAAAACUCUGCGAGCAAUUGAGCAGUGCGUACGUGUCAUCAACCAUAAUGCUUACAUUAUGAUCGUCAUAAAAGGCAAAAACUUUUGUCCUGCAGCAAAGUUGGCACUAGAGAUUCUCAUGGACAGGGCUUUCGAUUUCGCUACAGUUAACAUUAUUGGCGAUUUAACACUUUACGUGAUAAAAUUUCUCGUUACACUCGCUGUUUUCUUCAUUGCCUUAGUUGAGUUUAAAGUCAGAUUAGGACUUGAAAGUUGGAUUUUUUGGAGUAUUUUUGUUGCUUCAUUCACUUACUUUGUCGCCUCUUGCUUCCUGAAUCUUAUUGAAAUGAUAGUUGACACAUUAUUCCUGGCAUUUGCUCAAGACGAACAGACUGUCGGUAGUGAUGGGAAGCUAUGUUACUAUAACCCAGAGUUUGCGAGCUUCAUUGAUUCCGUUAAAUCUGUGGAUAAGGGAGAAGGAAAAUACAGCGAAAAUGACGAAGUUUUUGUAUCGUCCAAUGAAUAA